GUCGACUCCACUUGGCAUCGCGAUGAGGCGACGCCAUCCUCGUGAGUCCAAGCUGAGGCUGUCAAAAUCGACAUCACCGAUGGCAAGACAGGCGCAACCUUCAGCUAUAGUGCCAAAGUCUCGCCACGAGAACGAGCUCAGCGGUGACAGCGACGACGAUGAAGUGGAUACAAACCUCGAUGAAGAUUUACUCACUGAGAUCCGAACGCUAGUGGAGAAGGAGAAAUACCUCGAACAGCUACAAGAUCAACUCAGACAAGAACACGGUGGCGACAUCGAUGACAGCGCCAGUGACAAUGGAGACGACAACGAUAAUGAGUUGCAUUUGCGUCGCGUCAGACCGAAACCACGGGGAGAAGACGCUACCAAGGUGAAAUCCCUGCAGACCCGAGUUGCUCCCUAUAAAAACGUGGAGAUCGCUCGGGAACACUUCAGAAUUUGUUUUGUGGAGGUAAAUCUCGUCCAGCUUCGAGAUCUUCGAACGUUGGUCCUCGUGGGCCAAGAUCUAAACAUCCUUCACCUGCGCACGUUGAGCAAGAAUCUCUUCCUAUUCAGUGCGCUGAAAUCCGUAAAUCUGUCGGAUAACCAGCUCGAUGAUUCCGGCAGCAAAGAGAUCCAGCAACUUCGACAAGGUGGCAAGCGCAGUAGUCUCCACUCGCUUGGACUUUGCUUCGCCGAAGUAUCGCGUCGAGUUGUGCUUAAUAUCGUCAAGACGGCGAACAGACUUACAGCGUUGGACCUGUCGUUUGCGUUUAUUGGAAUCCCGGGAGCUCAAGUGGUUGCUGCAGCUUUGAGGAUAGAUGGCUACUCUACACUCACACAGCUCAACAUGCGCUGCAACAGAACGAAAUCCAUGGGCGCGCGGGCGAUUCUCGAGGCAUUGGGCACGAACGAACGACUGACAGCUCUGGAUCUGAGUCACAAUGAGAUCCGUAGCGACAUCCUCGAUGCAGUGGUCGAGUUGCUACAAUGUAACAAAGUCCUCUCUCGGCUUGAUCUGUCGCGGAAUGAAAUGAUCCGAGUCGACAGUGAGGAAGAGCUGCGUUGUCUACGAGAUGCGGUUGUGGACCAUGGAGGCUUGCUGAGUCUUGGGCAACUAAAGAGUUUGGGUGCGAAUGAAGCGCAAGAGCGAGAGUUGCAAAGUGCUUUGAACAAGAAUCGUAUCGCCGACGACCACGUUGUUCUUGCGUCAAUCAACACUGCGACUUCACCGCCAACGGACGAAGCUGUACCAAGGACACGGCCCAUGGCUAGUACGAUAGUAGAGCUGGACGACUCAGCAUCACAAACGACAGUGUGGCAGCGGAAGAUCACGGAGAGCGGCCGGAUCAGCUUGAAAUGGAGAAUGGCAGUGAGGACCAAACCCUCAGCUAGUGGCAGAGAACCCCACAACUCACCGCUUGAAUGGCAGUUGAUCGUGAACCGGACAUGCGAAGUGCGUGGUUCACUGCAUGACGAAGCAGCAUCGGCACAUCUUCGACUUGAGGAAGCGGUGGCAUACUGUGACGCUGGCGACACAAUGUUCCUUAAGCUCGGUCUCGACCAUCAAACUAGAGAGAAACUCAGUGAUGCCAAGCAGCUACAUAAAGUCUAUGUCAAGGAUAUCGUAUUCAUCCCACAUCACAGGGUGUACAUCCACACCACAGGCAUUUAUCGCCUUCUCGUCCGUGUUCAGUUUCCGAUGCAACUUCCGACCACCAAGAAGGAAAUAGGUCACAUGUUGGAGGCACGUUUCUGGUGGAAACUCCAACGCUCUAGCUGCUGGAACCCCCAUACCAACAGUGUCGUGCUCGAAGGAAGGUAUUCCGACAUGCACGGAGUUGUGCAAAGAGGCCACAAUGUUGUGUUUUACCUGCCAGCAAUGGAGUGGAUGGCUGGGGAAUAUCUGCAGCUCUCCGUGACGGCACCAAGCGACGAUAUGGAACUGCGAGUCGUGCAGUUCCAGCUUUUCCAUGAGGUGGACAGUUGGGAAAACCCAUCGACGCAAGCCUGCCUCAGCUUUACAGCUUAA